GCAACUUCAAAGCCCAAAUAAAGAGAGGAACAGGGUAAAAAUAGCAGGUGAACGCGUGAGAGAUCGGCAGGGAAGAAAUCAAUCAAUUAAUCUAUCUGUGACGGAGAUGACUGAGAUGUUGAAGACGGAGAUGAAUCGAGACCAUGGCUCCGAAUCCCUCGACACUGUUUCUCAUGAGUUUCAGGUAACAUUCUUAUGUGAUUCGAGACGAAUGGUUUCGUUGGCGAUUGUAAGAUCAUCCGUAGCUGAGGUUUUAUUAUGGCGUGAAAAGAAGCUUGGGGGGAAUUGUUUGUUGCAUGAUGUAUUCAUCUUUUAUACUUUAUCACUUGAAAAUGAAUGAGAUUCCAGUAGAGAAAAACGGCACUUCGGGAGGUUGGUUGAGGCCUUGAGGGGAAUCUAAUGAAGCUUUCGUAUCUGCCAUCCAGACGGAAAUAAAAGCUAUACAUGAGGAUGGUGAAGGUAUUCUGGAGUACAGUCGAAUUCACCUUAAUGGUAAGUUAGUCAUUCUCGUCACCAAAAUUGCGCCUCAAAUUCUUCAGAAUGAGUUACGUGCUGAUGAAGUAGGGCUUGAGGGCAGAUCACUCGAUUCAGUUAAGUCACGGAACUUAGGCUUGAGACCCUUUCCGCCAAAUUUUGAACAUUCAGAAAUUUACAAAUUUAUCAAUUGCCACUCAUGACCCAUCUCAAUGUUCUGGAGGACGAGUUGAAUAUAAGAUUAAGAAGCGUUUGUCAAAUGUGAAUAUAUAAUUAUAAUGUAUUACCUGAUCGCUUGGUGAACCACUUCUCUUCUUCCGGUUUCGUCAUAGAGGGCAUUUGUCAAAUGUGGAAAUUCCAUAUUGCUUGAAAUAUGAGCCCACCGGACCCAAGGACGUUGUGAAUGCGACCCGGUUCGCGGGAUCUUCAGGAUAAUGGAUUUUCUUUGUGAACCUUUCUGGAAACUUCAAUGACAAUUGUUCAAUGAUUUCUUGGGGUGACAGCUCGAUGAACGUGCGAUGCUCUCCUUCGAGGAAAAAAGUUGUCUCCAACGCCUGGCUCAUCGCAAUGGCAUAGCAGGAUCCUACGUAGUACACAAACCAUAAAAGAAUGAAGUUUUUAUAAAAGAAAACUAUAUACGUCUAAUGUGAAUUGAAUAAUAAUCCUUCAUGUCUACAUAGGUGACAGAAUUAAGUUCAAGUUUUGCAUUGUCAAUUGCCGUGACAUGAAGAACUGCAAGUACACUCAUUAUGAGCUAGAGCCAACAGAAGAUAUGUGAUCAAUGACAGCGGGCAGGGUGAUAUAAGAUCUUUCUCUCAGGCUGCUACAGAUUUGAGCAGGGUGGGCUGCAACUUAAGUUAAUAAGGUGGAAGGGAGUUUUUGUUCCCUGACCCUCUUUAGGAGUAAUUAGGACAGUAUCAUGUUUGAUAGACAUCUCCUUUACAUAUGAGAAUUUUCCUUUAUUUUGUUAAUAAAGGAAAAUUUAAUGAAGUGUUUGAAAACAUGUGGGUACGUAAGCAAGUGUUUGAAUUCCAUCUUGGUAGGUAAUGAAGUGUUUACCUUGACAAUGCAAUGGCAAAACUUUCUUCAUCAUCAUUACCCAGUGCCGCAAAGGCUUCCACCUACGGUGGGGUAAGGGGGGGUCAGAUGUACACAAUCUUACCCUUGUACUAACGUUCAAAGAGAUUGUUUCUGAAUGCCCCAUAUUAUGGCAAAACUUUCUUGUGUUAUUAAAUUAUACUACGUUUAUAUAAUGUAUACAAAAAAUAGAGAGAAAAGAAAACAUGUAAAAGAAAACACCAUUAAUAUGCUUAUGUAUGUGUCUGUGUAUAUCUUUAUCUUGACAAACUAAUAAGCGUGAAUAUGGGUAAGCCCAUUUUAGGUAUAAAAAAUUUAUUGGUGUAAUAAUAAAACUUACUUGGCAUGUACUAUUUGCGUAAGUGUUUGCAACUAUUUCCGGGUUAAUACAUCUCCUUGCUAAACGUCGUUUAUAGAUUUGUUUGUAUAGCACUAUAGCCUCAACCACAGAAACCAUGUAUGCCGUUGUGUUUGAUCGUUAUUAGCUGUUGGACCAAAGUCUCCCGCAGAUAGCCGCGUGUCUUGCAUCCCUUUGUCUCCUUUGUCUUCUCUCCUGUAAGUUGUGAUGUUCCUUUGUUUUGAUGCUCGAUGUUGAUGAUAACAAUAAAAAAGUUAUUUAAUUUCAUAUGCACCUGCAAAUUGAUCGUCCUCCUCUGCAUUAGAAAUUAUGGGAAUUCAAACACACUCUUUCAUUCUGUUCAGUUGGCAGACUUUGUUCCAAUUCCCCAUAUUUGUGUUCUUGUUUUUAUUCGGCUUUCUUUACUCAAUCAUACAAUCUUGGGGUGAAAACUGUUCUCUCCAACGUACCGUGCUUGUAUGAAAUCUUGUAGCGUUGCAGUUAAUAUAACAGUUUGCAGACCUUCCAUUUUAGGUAUUCUAAUGUGGGAGAUUUAAGUACUGAGAUGUUUUUACAAUUCUUUAUCAUUGACCUUUUCCCUAAGUGCUUUUGAAGUUCAUAUUAUGAUGCUCCAUAUAGGUUAAUUUCAGAAUGAUGAUUUUAUGUAUUUAAGCUGAUGGUGUAUUUAGUUUACAAUUUGGCUAACCUUCAAUUUUACUCCUGCGUAUUCUCUUGAAAGACUUUUAUUGUCUUCUUUGGUAAUGAUAAAGCAAUAGAAUUUAGAAUGUUUAGAUUUAUGGGAUAAGAUUCCUUACUAGUUACUACUAGUAAAAGUUUUCUUAAAAUAGAAACACUAGAAUCUUUAAUAAUAUCAUCAUCUUACGUGUUGUUAUCUUUGACAGUAGUGUGGAAGAAGAAUGUGUUUUGUUCAUCAUAAAAGAGGAGCCAUUUCUUAUUCCUUUUUGGUUAAAAACAAAAUUCACAACAGCAGGUUAAUGGUUGAGCUUAGCAAGGCUUUAUGGAGCUCAAUCCUAAUUUUUCGACUCCCCUUCUCUGCAUAGUUAAACUCAUUAAGUUUUACCAAUUCUACCAACUUGCUGACUUUCUCAAUAUGUUUCAAGAGAUAUUGUUCUACCAGGUCUUCAAAUCUUUUAAACCCUUUUAGGUUUAAACAUAAAGCCAUACAAAGAAGUACAAUUUGGCAACAUUGGUUCAUCUUAAUGAUUUGAUGUUAGUUGUGGCAGAACCAUGAUAUUUGAUGAAGGCUUGGUUUUGACUGUGGAAGAUAAAGCGUCCUCUAACAAGGAGGAAGUAGAAGGAUGGACUUCAAGAUUCUGGCCCGGAAAUUACUGAGCAAAUUGGGCCAACAUAGCAGCUUCUAAGCAGCGGCGAAGAGCCCAGCGGAGUGGUCAAUGCACAAUCCAACUAAAAAUGGAAAGAAUAUUUGAAAGAAAGGAAGUCCAAGACUUGGGGGAGAAGGCUCUUACUUUCCCUAAUUAAUUGAAAAACAUCCAAGGAAAGAAAAUCAUGUAUUAAUAAAUGUACUAUGUAUGGAUCAAGGGAGGGAGCAUAAAUAUAGAUCAAUUGUGAUCAAAACCUCCACUUUGUAUUCCUGGAUGCCAUUACAAACGAGCAGUAAGCCUUUACUAUUUCCUUUGUUCUUAAUCACCCCAUUAUGGAUUCGUACUUGUUCAAUUCCCA